UUUUAAAGUUUACACCUGGAUUUCAGCAAUCUAGUGGCGUAUAUUUCUUAACUGUGGUAGCCUCAAAUAAAAAAUUCCUAACUAAAAUUAACUAAUUACACAAAGAUAAAUAAAUAAUCUCACGUGGCCUAAUACAUCCACUUAGAAUACGCGCCAGAAUACACGUGGGACAAGAGAAGAACGUUAUAAAAGCCACUCUUCCUUCACACUUCAACAUCUCUCACACAACACACACUAAUACGAAUGUCAGUUUGUUUUACUUUCAAUAAAUUUUUGGUUAUGAUUCAUUUCUUUGUUUAAACAAAAACAUCACUUCUUCAAAUUUAUUUAUUUAAUAUUAAAUGAACUCAACGUUCAACGACCACCAUCACCUAAAGAGAGAGCCUAAUGACAACUCCGGCGUCGGAAUCAUAUAUCCUCCGUCACCUUCUCCGCUGCUAAAACUAAACAAAGACUCCCACGUCAUCAAAAAGCCACCCUCGCCGUCGUCUUCCUCCUCUACCGCCGCGAAGCCUCGCCAGCCGGUGAUCAUCUACACGAACACGCCCAAAGUUAUACACACCAAUCCUAAAGAUUUCAUGGCUCUCGUCCAGAAACUCACCGGAAUGUCUCACUCCGAGGAAGAUUCCGGCGGUAGCAGCAGCGCGGUAACAGAUCGUGGAGGAAAAUCAAUCAACCGGAGUGUCUCUGAUCUCACCGUUGAUAGAAAAGUUAACCGGACUCGCUGCGGUGGAGGCGGCGGUGGUGGUGGCGGUGGUGGUGGUGGACAUAACAGCUACAACAGAACCUAUUCAGGUCCGGGAGGAGCUAACGGGAAAGGGAUUUUCUUCAGCAAUACUACUAUCUGCGAAGAUAGUGAAUCGUCCUCUGUGAUCACAACCGAUGAGAACAUGGGAGGAGGAGGAGAGCAUGGACAUGUUAACUCGUCGCUACCGUAUUCAGCGGUGGCUGUUUCUCCAUUUCCUCAUCCUCCGCCACCACCUCCACCGCCUCCUCAGUCCAUGUACGAUGGGACCAAUGGGAUUAACUACAGCUCUUACUUCUCGACGCUUUUGCCGGUGAAUCCAGCUGAUAAUUUUCUUUGCGGGAAUCAAAACUUUGCUAACUUUGAUGAUCCGCUUUACUUCAUGCCUAAUAUGAGGAGCUCUUUCUCUUCUUCUUCCUCUUCUGGGUUUGAUGGCUUAACUGAGUUUAGAGAUUUUUGACAUUGUUUUCAUCAACAAAAACAAAAAAAAAAAAUACAUUUUUGAUUUUUUUUUAUUUUUUUUCCUAUUCAGGAAAAUAAAUUUUGUUCUAUUUUUAUUUUAUUGGAGGUUUUGAGAAUGAACUAAUAAAUUUUGGCAUUAGUUGUGAUCCCCUUUACGUUUAUUUUAUAGUCGAAAUAAUGCUUUAUGUGAUCAUAUGUUGUUUUAAGGUCAUUUUAAAAGCGACUCUUUUAAAAGCACCCAAUUUGGGAAUUUCUUAAAGGGGUUUUCACCAAUAAAACAAAUAAAAAAUGUAGAAAAAAAAAGAAAAUGAAUGUAGAAUAGUGAGAUGAAUACUUAAAAUAUUUUUUUGAGAAAUCCAUUACACUUUUUUUUUUUGGAGAAAUCCAUUACACAUGUGAUGUCAUUUUACAUAUAUAUUAAGUUACUAUAACUUAGUAUAAAAGAGUAGCCUAACCCCAUACAGCGCAACAAGACGAGGGGAUCCCAUCAAACCAGUUACACAAAGAGGCAGAGAAACUUCAAGAAAAUGCACAACUCACUCAUUAACAAAAGAUGAUUAGUUUCUUAGUUUAGUCUUUAAUUCUUUGGCAUAACAUGCCAUUGACAACAAUCUUACAAAAGAUGUGAUCAGUUUCUUAGUUUUGUCUUUUAUUCUUUGGCAUCAUAAUGCCAUUGACAACAAUCUUUUCAUUUUAGUCCGAUCUUUCAAUUUUAUGUUUUUUUCUUCUAUUUUUGAUAACUUAAUAAAUCAUUCUAUUUUUUUCUCAAAAUUGUCUUUACCAAUGGAUGGUAAAAAAGGAAAAAAAAGUUGAAUAAUGUGAGUGAAAUCUUUUUUCUGGCAGAUAUACUCUAAAACUAGCCGCUACAAACUCUCUUAUCCCAAACAUGGAAAUACUUUUAUUAAUUUCAAGAUUUAACUCACGAUAUUGACUCAUAACACACAAAAGCACGAGAAAAAAAUUUCCAUGCAUACAUGUACAUAUAUGCAGUAAAUAUAGAAGACAUAAGCAUAUACAUACUGUGCAACUAUUAAAAAAAAACAUCCCCUUACUCAUUUUUUCUUCUUGGUUUCGUUCUUGUCAUCAUGUUGGAGGAUCACAGGAGCUGCCGGUAUACUAAACCA